AUGGCCGUCAACAACGCCUCUCAAGCAUCGCGACAUCUGGCGCAAGAGGCGACCAAUCCAUAUUAUCCGAUUGGCAGCUACAUAGCUGGUUACGCAGCGAACGAAUCGUCCGUUCCAGCUCUACUGGGCGUGUUCUUCGGAGCGUGCACAGUACUGUUCACAUCGACAUAUCUGCUGGUGAAACGAAUCCAGCCAGAUUUGAGCACGAAUGAGAUUCUCGCGAUUCUCUGGUUCGUGCUCUCGGGAAGCAUCCACAUCUUCUUCGAAGGAUAUUACGCCACGAAUUAUGCUACACUGGCAUCGAAACAGACUCUCAUCGGGCAGAUGUGGAAGGAGUACGCGUUUUCCGACAGUCGAUAUCUCACCAGUAACAGCUUUGUGCUGUGUGUGGAAACGAUUACGGCAGUCUUCUGGGGCCCUGGAUGCCUGCUGCUGGCAGCGCUUGUGGUGCAAAGAUCGCCAUGGAGAUAUCCUUUGCAGAUGUUAGUCAGUAUGGGUCAAUUCUAUGGAGAUGCCCUGUACUACGCUACAAGCUUUUUCGAUCAUUGGCUCUACGGAACUGUGUACUACAGGCCUGAGCCAUUCUAUUUCUGGUUUUACUUCGUCCUCAUGAACUUCUUCUGGAUCUUGAUACCAGGCAUGUUGAUCUGGCAGAGUGCAUCGAAAGCAGCUUCAGUCAUUGCGACAGUGAACAAACUCGAAGCAGCAAAGAAGGCUCGAUAG